ACCGCUGUCCGGGCCAUGGCAUGGUAGCUGAUAUCUCCGGAUAUUUUUCCUAGCGACGCAGUUGUUGCGCGAAUCAACUGCGCGGAUGCCGCCGAUCUACCAAGAAGUUCACCUGGGCCUCCAUGCGGGCUCAAACCAAGCUGAAGUCUGCAAGUCCAGACUCGAUAUAAAGUACUCUGAUAUCCCUUCAGAGAACGAAACAAGACUUCACUUCAGUCGGUCCAGUGCUCGCCCUCAGGAUGGUUUUGCCUACAGUACGGUCUUUAACCUCGGCUUACGUUUCGGCUGCCCUCCUGGCUGCAUCCGCAGUAAAUGCGGGGAACUGCUCGGCUGCCGGCAUCGCCAAACCCUCAAUCCCUGAGGCACAGCUGCUACAUCUGUCAGCUCUCCCAGUUGUCGGCUACCAGAAUGGCAAUACCACCUUGGACUUCUGCAACGUGACUGUCACAUACACCCAUCCUGGAAAGAAUGAUGCCAUUCAUACUACCGUCUGGCUUCCCCUAUCGAGCUGGAACGGCCGGCUUCAGGGCUCUGGCGGGGGAGGGUAUGCAAUGCGUCACGACGACUCCGUUCUAGCAGAAGCCGUGGCCCUUGACUAUUCCGUUGUGGCGACAGAUGGCGGCCACACCUACCUCGUAUCUGAAAACUCAGCUACCUGGUCUCUCGAUGCUUCCGAUCAUGUCAACAUGGCCCUUCUCGACGACUUCGCCUACUUGGCUCUGAAUGAAGCGGCCAUCAUUGGCAAACAAAUCAGCCACAGCUUGUACGGUCAUGGGCCAAGCCAGUCGUACUGGAACGGUUGCUCUACCGGCGGCAGACAAGGACUCAUGCUCGCACAGCGGUAUCCCACCGCAUACAAUGGAAUAAUGGCGGCGGCACCAGCCAUCAACUGGCCCACAUUUCUUGUGGCUGAAUACUGGCCGCAAUUUGUAAUGAAUCAGCUUCAGACCUACCCGCCGACGUGCGUAACGGACGCGAUUACUUCUGCUGCUGUCAGCGCCUGCGACUCUCUUGACGGGGUUGUUGAUGGCGUGAUAUCUGCGCCUGGUCUCUGUAACUUCGACCCUCUCUCUUUGGUCAAUAAGACCAUCACAUGCAACGAUACUAGCGUGCAAAUAACCCAGUCAGCGGCUCUAUCUGUCAAGCUUAUGUGGGCAGGCAUGCGCUCGUCCAACGGGACUUUUCUAUGGUAUGGUCUGGAGCGAGGCGCUCCCCUCUCCAUGGGCAGUGAUGGAAGCCUCGGGGCCACCACCUGCAGCUCGGCACUGAAUUGCACCGGAUCUCCAUUUGCCAUCUCUUCUGACUGGAUUCGUCGUUAUAUCCUCCAGGAUCCCGCUUUCGACCUCACCACCCUCGACCACGCGGAAUUGGAUAGCAUCCUUGCACGCUCCAUAGCCGAAUACGACUCAAUCAUCGGAACCGACGACCCCGAUUUGUCAGCCUUCAAGCUUGCCGGGGGAAAGAUGAUCACGUGGCACGGUCUAGCUGACCCACUGAUCUUCCCCAAGGGCACAGAGCACUACUACCGUCGAGUGCAAGAGCGUGAUCCGGCCGUGCGGGACUUCUACCGCUUCUUUCCGGCCCCGGGGGUGCAUCACUGCGAAGGUGGAAACGGUCCUGUUCCCGUUGACCCCUUGUCGCAAGUUGUUGAGUGGGUGGAAGAUGGUGUGGUUCCGGAGACUCUCCUCGCGCAAGCGGCGGAUGGUCGGACGCGAGCACUGUGUCCAUGGCCGCUCGUUUCGGUGUACAAUUCGGGUGAUGUCAUGGAUGAGAGAUCAUACACGUGUGAGGAACAGCGAACCUGGUUCUAAGUGUUGCUUGGUGGGUGAUUUUCUAAUGGUCUAGUCGAUUACGUUUUCAAGUUAGUUUUGUCUGGACAGUUGAUAACAACGUAC